AGCGCAGGGAUCGGCAGGGGCGCGCUGGGGGUGGUGGGGGGCUGGGCAGGAUUGCCGAGGUCGAGGAGGAUUUGGAUGAGGAGGAGGAGGCUGUCGGGAAGGGGACUGGUGGAGUGCUGGGUGACCGGCAGACCCCCUUGCCCGAGAUUAGCGAGAGUGGCAGUAGCCAGGAUGGGGGGAAGGACCAGAAGCGACCAAACAGCAAGAACGCCUCGGUUAGCAAGGUAAAACGCGUAAAGGGGGCUGUGGGAGGAGGGUCUCGGGGCGGAAAAGAGAACGCCCGUGGCAAGUCGGACCACGGUUCGAAGAGGCGGCGGAGGUAGUUCGGCAUUUUUGCAGUAGGGGCUGAUCUAUAUCAAACCUCCUAACAUGAUGUAUGGUGCGUGGCCUGUGGUUUUCAUGCAUCCAUGCGCUGCUGUGUUGCUUGCUUGGGUGAUCUUAGCGGGUUGAGCUUGGUAUUUACAAUGACCAUCGACUGCGGCCGUACGUGUAUGACAGAAGCAGGGCAGGUACUUUAUUAAACGGAUGGACGCGAACUAGAACAGGUAUUCGUGGCAGUUACGUGUGGCUAUUGCGUUGGUGUGGCUAUUGCGGCAUGAGCAGUGUUGGGAGCGACGUGAUGUGCUUGGAAAGCGUAUCACAAUUGAGUUGCGACACUUGAGGCGCUGUUGAGUUUGGUUGACCGGUUAUUGAGUCCGCUAUUGAGGCGUACGUUUGAGCAACGGUUGAGUUUGGUUGACCCGUUAUUGAGUACGAUAAUGAGGCGUUCGUUUGAGCUACGGUUGAGUUUGGUUGACCGGUUAUUGAGUACGAUGUUGAGGAGUCCUAUUGAGCGAGGGUUCAAUUUGGUUGACCCGUAAUUGAGUCUGCUAUUGAGUCUACAUUGAGUCGCCUAAUUGAGCAUGUAAUCUCAAUAUGACAUCUCAACAAUUCCGGUCACUUUGUUAAAUCUGGGACUCAAUAAGGGGGUCAAUUACACUCAAUCUAACUCAAUCUAACCCUUUCUGGGAG